AUGGACGCCAUAGGCCGUCUGGACAUCUUCGAUUAUGGCGGUCUGGAGGGAGUGAGCGGAUAUGACGGUGAAUGCAGCAGUGGAUCGGCCAGGGAGUUCAGGCUUGAAUAUCCCGCGCACGUAUCCUUCGUGAUCCCCACGCUAGGUGGAGGAGACAAGGAUGCUGAAUAUAAGCCCACCUGCCCUAUACCACGAGACACCGAGACGGACUCACUCUCAGAGCUAUCCUCCGACGGCGUGAGCUCGGACUGCUCAGACACCGCCUCGGACUGUACCGCAUGCCCUUCCCCUUCCCCUUCUGUCGUCUCUGCCAGGUCCCUCGCCUCUCCCGACAUCCCUCCCGCGCCCCCGUCCCACCGUCGCCUAGUAGCAGUCGAGGCUUACGGUCGGCGCUUCCUGGCGUACGACACGCGCCCGCCGGACUCGAAUGUGCCCAAGUCAAAGCUCGUCCCGGAGCUCGCGUGUGGCGGGGUGGAGGUGCCGGAUUACCUCGUCCAGGCGGGCUUCGUUCCCCCGCCACAACCGCAGACUGUCUGCCUGAGGGAUCUGGAGCUGGUAAAGGGGCCCGGGCCGGUUGAGUGGGACGAUGUGGACACGUCUUUCGGCGGAUCCGCGCGGGCCUGCCCGGCUGACGAGGACGAGGACGCGCAGGCUGGACGACGUAGCGCGGGACCUUCGAGACCUAGAGACUCCCUCCGCAGGCCCUCCGGCUCGCGCAAGCGGACAGGCGCCACCGCCGAUCCCUCGCCCGUCCACCCCAAGAAGAAGAGACAGAGCAGAGUCGACCCGGUCGAGCUCGUCUGCCGCGUCUCGGCGUGCACGCGGACGUUUAAGACCGUCGCCGACUGCCACCGCCACCGGCGGACGCACUUUGCCGAGGCGUACCAGUGGGCCUGCGCGGGGUGCACUACGCUCUUCGGGCGCCCGGAUGCGCUCAAGCGACAUAUCCUCUCGCGGGAGGGAUGUUUGAAGGCAAGUGGCCCGAGAGAGACCUGGGGCCCAAAUUUGGGUAAGUUCAGAGAUGAUUGGAGCGAGCCAUGGGAGGGGGAGUUGACGCCUACGGAGGAGAUGCCUUGA